CGCCAAACUUGAGAUCAAAAUUUCUAGGACCAGAAAAGUGCAACAUAGCAUCCCGUGCUCUGGUCAUUUCGUCCUACCGUGUCUCAAAGCAACAUGCCUCACAAGCAUACGCGCAGGGAAAGGGACCCCUCUACAUACGACCUACCACCCUCCCAAAUCGCAAAGCCACUACCCGUGAAGCCGCAGUUGCAGCCGCAAAAGGUCGAGGCCAAGAAUUCAGAUCAGCCAACCAAGAAUCUUAAAAGGAAGCGAGAUGGUGGGCGAAAAGACGACACCCCUCGGGCGUUCAAGAGAUUGAUGGCUCUUGCGGGGGGCAAGAAGCCACGAUCCGGACUGGACAACGGCGAUGAACCAACUGGGAAGAGAAAAAAGAAGGAGAUCACCGUAUCCGACACGCGCUCCGGCGCAAAAACGGCAGCCCAGGCUCCUACAAUCCGGCCUGGAGAACGGAUGUCGGAUUUCGCCGCUCGAGUAGACGCUGAGCUUCCGAUAGGUGGCUUAAUCAACAAAUCAGUCAGAAACGGGAAGGAUCCCCUAGGCCUCAAGGUAUGGCGGACGAAGAAGGAGAUCAAGAUGCGCAAGCUGUACGAUGAAUGGCGGGAGGAAGAGCGACGAAUCAAGGAGAAGCGAGAGGACGAACUUGAAACCCUGGCGGAGAGGGAACUCGAGGAGGAUGAGUUGGGUGUUACCUGGAAACUCGACCUGCAGAGAGGCGUUGGCAAAAAGAAGAAGAAGGGGAAGAAGGGGAGGUAUCUAGGAGAGGCCGUAGACACGGAGGAAGACCCGUGGGAGGCGUUGAGGAAAAAGCGCGGCGAGACGAGGCCAGGUCUGCAUGACGUCGUCCAAGCCCCUCCGGAAUUCACCGCUAAACCGUCCAAGAAGAUGACGGUUAGGGGGGCGGCGGUGGAGAUCGAUGGAAUCCCGAAGGCAGCGGGAAGCUUGAGGCGGAGAGAAGAGCUGCAGACCGUCAGAGACGACGUCGUCGCCUCGUACCGGAAGUUGAUGGGCGAGAAGCGGCCCUCUUUACGCUCGUCGUGAAAUAGGCACGCAUCCUAUAUACCUAUACCCCGAAUACUAGGGAUACUAGGAAUUAUAUACGGUCUUUCGGGACACUGUCGAGGAGUGCGUCAUGUACCUACAGCCACCAGGUCUGGGCGCAAGAUACGUUGAAUAUGGGAAGCCGUCGAGUGCACCUCCUAGGUACCUACAUACAUAGGUACUUGUCAAGUCUCUGUGGCGGACCGGAAUGAAGAGUGAAUUCAUGACGUGCCCGCUGUUGGCAGCUGACGCGGCA